CACGUGAGGUAGUUUUUAGAGGGACACGCAGUUCAAGAGAAGAGAGGUUCCGUUGCGUUGCGUUGCAUUCCAAAGUGAGAGUGAGAGAGAAGAAACGAAAAAGGCUCCAAACCCAAUGCUCUCUCUCUCUCUCUCUCUCUCUCUAGUCUAGUCACGCACACUCUUUUUUGUAAAUAAGUAGAGAGAUUUUCCAUCCUCUUAUGCAAGUACUACUCUGGUAUCAACCAAGCAUCAUUGCAUUUUCAAUAGCCACAAGAGAAGGGAAAAGUUGGAACACUCCGAUACCCUACCCAGUUUGUGUUGCUUCUUUGUCUUUGCAAUUGCACUCCUGUGUCUUCUUCCUUGCUCCUGCCCCCUGCUCUGCUCUGCACUUUCUUACCUCUUUCGAGUGAGAGAGAGAGAGAGACAAAGGGGUAUCAUAUCAUACUAAAAUAAUAAUACUAAGUGAUUGAUAUAAAUAGUUUAUUAGUGGUUGAGAUUCAACUAAGAAGGGGAUAUGCAGCAGCAGCAGCACCUGAUGCAGAUGCAGCCCAUGAUGGCAACCUACUAUCCCAACAACGUCACCACUGAUCAUAUUCAACAGUACCUGGAUGAGAACAAAUCAUUGAUUCUGAAGAUUGUGGAGAGUCAGAACUCUGGCAAGCUGAGCGAGUGUGCCGAGAAUCAAGCAAGGCUACAGAGAAAUCUCAUGUACCUAGCUGCUAUAGCUGAUUCUCAACCUCAACCACCAACCAUGCCUGGUCAGCAGUACCCUGGUGGUGGUGGAAUGAUGCAGCAGGGUCAGCAGGCACACUACAUGCAAGCUCAGCAAAUGACACAACAACAACUAAUGGCUGCACGUUCUUCCCUUCUAUACGCGCAGCAACAACCUUACUCAGCACUUCAACAGCACCAACUCGGCGGCGGAGGUGGAACUUCAGGACUUCACAUGUUACAAAGUGAAGCAUGUAGCAAUAUGAAUGUGGGAGGAGGAAGUAGUAGCUCAACUAUGGGUUCUGGUGGUGGUGGUGGAGGGUUUCCUGACUUCAUCCGCGGUGGAGGAGGAGGAGAAGGUUUGCACAGGAAUCUUAUUGGAAGUGGAAGCAAGCAGCAGGAGAUUGGGAUGGGUUCUUCUUCUGAUCAAGGUCGUGGUGGUGGUGGUGAAGGGGGUGAAAACCUUUACCUCAAAUCUUCUGACGAUGGGAACUAGCUAUCUAGAUCCAAUUUGGUUUAGUUAAUUAUUAAAUUACCACUAUCAUGCAUUUUAGCUUUAAGUAAUGAUCAGUUAGUUAGUUAGCUAGGAGAACUAGUCAAUCAAAAUGAAUUAGCUAGCUAGGUGAAAAACCUGUGCUACUGCUUUAGUUGGUAAUCUUUCUUGUGCUUAAUAAUAGCAAACUUUUAAUUAAUGCUUUCACGUUUCUGUAGUACUAGUAACUCUUGCAAUGAAUUUGUGGUUUCUUUCUUUGCUA